AUGGCUUUGAACUCAGGAUUACCACCAGGUGUUGCGCCUUACUACGAAAACCAUGGGUACCAGCCGGAAAACCUGUACCCGCCACGACCUCCUGUGGACCCCAGUGCCUACGCAGUGUAUCCAGCUCCCUACUACCCGCCCACCGUGCCCCAGUACGCCCCCAGGGUCCUGACAAACACCUCGACACCCGCUGUCCACACGCAGCCCAAGUCCCCAUCAAGGAGACUGUGCACUUCAAAGACGAAGAAGGUGCUGUGCAUCGCCGUGGCCCUGCUGGCCGUGCUCGCCGGCGCGGUGGCUGCCGCGCUCCUGCUCUGGAAGUUCACGGAGAACAGGUGCCUGGUGUCCGGGAUGGAGUGUGGCUCCUCGGGGACCUGUGUCAGCGCCUCCCUCUGGUGUGACGGGAUCCUGCACUGUCCCAGCGGGGAGGACGAGAACCAGUGCGUGCGCCUCUACGGCCCCAACUUCAUCCUGCAGGUGUACUCGUCCCAGAGGAAGUCCUGGCACCCCGUGUGCCAUGACGACUGGAGUGAGAGCUACGGGCGGGCAGCGUGCCAGGACAUGGGCUACCGGAACAGCUUUUACUCCAGCCAGGGCAUAGCGGACGACAGCGGGGCCACCAGCUUCAUGAAGCUGAACAUCAGCGCGGGCAACACCGACCUCUACAAGAAGCUCUACCACAGCGACGUCUGUUCUUCAAAAACAGUGGUUUCCUUACGCUGUAUAGAGUGCGGGGUGAACUCGAAGAUGGGCCGGCAGAGCCGGAUCGUGGGCGGGUCGAGCGCCGCCCCGGGGGACUGGCCCUGGCAGGUCAGCCUGCACGUGCAGGGCGUGCACGUCUGCGGAGGCUCCAUCAUCACCCCCGAGUGGAUCGUGACGGCCGCCCACUGCGUGGAGGAGCCCCUGAACCACCCCCGGAACUGGAUGGCCUUCGCGGGAAUCCUGAGGCAGUCGGCCAUGUUCUACGGAAACGCCCACCGCGUGAGCAAGGUGAUCUCCCACCCGCACUACGACUCCAAGACCAAGAACAACGACAUCGCGCUGAUGAAGCUGCAGACGCCGCUGAGCUUCAACGACAACGUGAGGCCGGUGUGCCUGCCCAACCCCGGCCUGAUGCUGGAGCCCAGGCAGGCCUGCUGGAUCUCCGGCUGGGGGGCCACCUACGAGAAAGGGAAAACGUCGGACGUGCUGAACGCGGCAAGGGUGCUCCUCAUCGAGCCGGCGCAGUGCAACAGCAGAUUUGUCUACAACAACCUGGUCACGCCCGCCAUGCUGUGCGCCGGCUACCUGGGCGGCAGCGUGGACUCCUGCCAGGGCGACAGCGGCGGCCCCCUGGUCACGUUGAAAAGCAGCAUCUGGUGGCUGAUCGGGGACACCAGCUGGGGGUCCGGCUGCGCCAAGGCGAACAGGCCGGGCGUGUACGGGAACGUGACGAUGUUUACAGACUGGAUCUACCGGCAAAUGAAGGCAAACAGCUGA